AUGAAUACUGCUCCUGAAAAUGAUCGAAUUAGGAGAGAAUCUCCACAGCUGGUUGCUCUGUUGAAGGAAAUGAAGGGCGGUUUGGAUACUGUUAGGAUUAAAAUCCAGGCUUUAACUGCGAAAGUGAAAGCUGAUAAUUUCCCUACAUCGGAUGGGAUAAGCUACCUUGAAGCCAAACACUUGCUGCUUCUGAAUUAUUGCCAGUCACUUGUCUAUCUUCUGCUACGCAAGGCAAAAGGAUUAUCAAUUCAGCAGCAUCCAGUUGUUAGGAGUCUUGUUGAGACAAGAUUAUUCUUAGAGAAGAUUCGGCCUAUCGAUCGGAAACUCCAAUAUCAAAUUCAAAAGCUGACACGAUCCACGAUGACAGUUGAGAAACCAGGCUCGAAUGAGAAGGUAGCAGAUGAAACUCCGAAUGCUGAGGACACGUUAAGACUUCGCCCGAAUCCUGACUUGCUUGUUAGCAAAACAAAUACAGAGAAAGGUGAUAGUGUAUAUCAACCCCCCAAAUUCGCACCCUCUUCUAUGGAUGAAGAUAAGAUUUCGAGACAGGAGAAAAAUGCUCGGAGAAGAGAGGAAGAAAUUAUACGACAAUCAAGGAAGAGUGCUUAUGUUCGGGAGCUAAUGAAUGAUCUUGAGGGAAGACCUGAAGAGGUCAGAGAAAAUCUAGGAUCUGACAGUAGAGAAGUUAUGAAUGCUAUUGCAAAGAUGGAUGAUCGUGCACGUCGAGAAGAGGAACUUUUCACCCGUGCUCCACUCACUAAAGUUGAGAAAAAGAAGCUUAAACAUUUAAAGAAAUCUAGAAAUGGGUUGCUUGGUCUGACUGAAAGUUUUUAUGACGAGAUUAAGACUUUACCGCUGGAUAGUGACAUGGCAGAGCAACCUACAACCAGCUUUAGCAAUGCAGAUAGAAAAUUUAAGAAGCGCAAGCGAAAACACUAA